AUGGCGCCGCCUUACGCAAAUGUUGGACAGCCCCAGGCUUACCGGGAAUACCACUCAGAACCUCGUCCCGACAACAAACUACCACCACUCGGCUGUAGCAAGGACGGGCAUAUCCGUCUUGUUCCUGGCGAAGUGUACUGUCGAUGGCGACACCCCGUCACUGGGGUUCUCUGCAGGAGUGCCGAUCGCUACGACACUCUCGAGCUUGAAGAGCACUAUCGAUUCGAUCAUGGUUGCAAAGUGGCUCCUGACAACCGUCCCUUAUUUGGCGAGACAGAUGGCAAGCCGCAUCGGCAGGCUAUUCAAUGGUACGCAGAUAUGCUCCAAGGUCGUAUGCCAUCUUGGCCUCCAGCCCCUGAACACAAUUGCCAGGACAGUAGCUCCGACAACAAUCGACCCAAAAGAGAGCCUGGCAUGCAAGACUCCGGUGAGACUCGAAUUCAACAGAAAGAUGAUGUCGAACAAAACCACUUUCCAGAUGUAUCGCAAAAUCAACAAGCCAGCUGGAGCGGAAAAGAGAAGCAGCCCCUUUACUUGAAGAUGGAAGACCUACCUCUGGGUACCCAAGAAGAGUCUGAUCGCCACAGCGCAGUUCGACUAUGUACUCUGUUCAACCAGCACCAAUCAAGCAUGCCUCCUCGCGUCCGGUCCAGGCUGCUUCAUCUACUCAGGACUGGCCAAUUUCAGCACAAUGCACAGUCAAUAUUCCAUCCAUUCAAGCACCAACUCAGCAUCCAUAUGUAUGACGAAGAGGAAGCACAGGCCAAUUGGAUCAGUGUCACCUACGAAAGAUGGUUCAUUCUCGUCGGUGUCUAUGGUUGGAGCAUGUUGAGAGAUUACGCAGAUGGCAUCCGAAAGGCUGUGGUAAUGCGUUAUGGAGAGCCCCUCGACAGUGACUUGACAUUCAAGGACUCUUCGGACAAUAGCGGAAGUAUCGUGCGUCCCUUUCUGUCACAGCUGGCCGAUGAGGUUUCCAUAUGGGGCCCCAUGACUCGACAGCUCGAACAAAUAAUCCGACAACAGGAACAGACAAUCCGAACGCAGGGCUCAAUGAUAAGGAAUCUUCAGACGGUGAACUCAGCCCAGCAGAAACAGAUCGACAAACUCAACACCAUAGUCGGUGUUCAGUCCCGCACUGGAUCUCGUGAAAAGGUGAAUGACGGGGACAGGGAUGUCGACAAGAAUCGCGAGGCCUUGGCUGUCCUCGAGACGCAGAACAAGAGUCCUUACAACACUUCAGGAGAUCUUAUAGAAAUCACCAACUCCAGAAAGCGUGCCCGUCGCGAUUAG